AUGAAGGUACCCCACACGACAACAGCAGUUGCGGCGACGCUCCUCCUCUCGUCGACCACGGUGGCGACAAACAACCCUUUGACCGCGGAUAAGCUGGAAGCGGACAUCAAAACAGAAGAACUCCAAAAUGUCCUCUGGAACUUAAACCAUAUCGCAGUGACCCACGGCGGCAACCGGGCCUUCGGCGAACCCGGCUUCAAGGCGUCGCUCGACUUUGUGCUCGAGCGCGCGCAGACCCGCUUCGGCGACAAGUUCGACACCUUCGUCCAGCCCUUCAACCACACCUACGAUAAGACCCUGAAGAUCAGCGUGACGGGCCCUGAGGGCGAGGACGUCUUCGUCAUCAGCCCCCAGUACAACCCGCCCACACUGGUAUCCGGCGGCAUCACCGCCGCGCUCGUGGAUACCCCCGUUGACGAUGAGCGCGGGUCAGCAUGCUUCGCUGAUCAGUGGGAGGGGUUGGAUGUGAAGGGCAAAUUGGCCCUCGUGAAGAGGGGCCUUUGCGCUGUGGCGGACAAGUCUAUUCUCGCCAAGGAGCGCGGCGCUUUAGGUGUCAUUUUGUAUGACGAAGUCCCUGGGACCAACAUUGUCGUUCCCACGCUGGGUGCCGAAAACAUCGGGCGCAUGGUCCCCAUCGGUAUCAUUCCCUUAGAGGUCGGCCAAGACUGGAAGUCCCGCCUGGCAGCCGGCGAAGAAGUGACCGCGACUCUGCUCGUCGAUUCCAUCUCUGAGACCCGCGAAACCUGGAACAUCAUUUCUGAGACCAAGCAAGGCGACCCGAAUAAUGUGGUCAUGCUUGGGGCGCAUCUGGACAGUGUGCAGAAGGGCGCGGGCGUGAACGAUGACGGCAGCGGCACGGCGGCCCUCCUGGAGAUCAUGACUGCGGUUAGGCGCUAUGACAACUUCCCGAACAAGAUUCGGUUUGCGUGGUGGGGAGCUGAAGAGAGCGGCCUGGUCGGCUCGCUGUACUACACCUCGCACCUGACCGAGGCUGAGGCCGACAGCAUCAGGUACUACUUCAACUACGACAUGAUCGGCUCCCCGCAGCCCGAUUACAGCAUUGCCAGCAACGAGAACAGCGGCGUCGGCCCGCAACUGCUCGACGAGUAUCUUGUCACCAAAGGGAUCGAUGUCCGCCACGGUGAAUUCGGCAGCGGCUCAGACUUCGUCGGGUUCGUCGAGCUCGGCAUCCCAACUGCGUCGCUGCACACUGGUGCCGGUGCGCCAUACGAUGCGUGCUACCAUCAGGCGUGUGACAACCUAGACAACAUCCACUGGGAGGCCCUCACUCUCAAUGCUAGAGCCGCUGCUCGCGCUGCCGCGAGGCUGGCAAAUUCGCUCGACGGCGUUCCGCCCCGGGACAAGACAAGCCUCAACCUCCACACCCGCCGCGGGGUGAUUAAAAGCUUCAAGAGAUGGACCGCGCUGGCCGAAGAAGCCAGGGGCGGGCAUACCUGCUCGCAUAAGGGAAAGAAGAUCCGGACUCUGAUUUGCGGAGGCAAGACUCUUCCUCAAUCAAGGAUCAUACGCUUGACAUGCUUCCUGUACCUUCCGGCUUCCCCAUCGGGAAGUGGCUUCUGCGCGUUGCCUGACAAGUCCCAGGCCAAGGAAGCCCUCAAGCCUCAGCCGCAUCCCGGUGUGUCCAUGUACAUACAUACCACAAGACUACCUCACACGAGUCGAAGUGCGCCGGUUAUUUGCGCGCAAGCACACAUGGCAUCACACUCGCCAACUUCCUAUUCUUCCCGACGGCAUCAUCAACUCAGUCUCCGAUGCCACCGCAACCACACUGACAGCAAGGUUGCAGCCCGCGGCCUUCAGGCUAAUUGUCACGUGGCGAGCGGAGUUGGGGAGCACUGA